AUGGAUGAGGAAAUCGUUCCGCGUACAUUACAGGAAAAGUUGUUAUUUUACACGACUGCCUUUUUUAUCUUGCUAGGCACGUUUAGUCUUUUUGCUUUUUUGUUCCUGGUACCUUUUGUGAUCGAACCUGCUUUUACCACAAUAUUUAUGCAAUUUGAUGAGUCACCCGCAUUUUGUGUUACUGUCGAUAAUGAGCAUCUAUAUGGCGCGAAGAAUUGUAGCUGGGCUUCGUGUCGAGAGGGCUGCACCAAGGACAUUUACGAAUGUCAGCAAAUUCGCGUCAACUACAAAACGAGUGCACAGCUAGCAGCUGAGGAUCAAGAAGGAAACGACAGCGACGAACUUUCGACGAUGUCCACUGCUGCCUCCAAGGCAGCUACAGCAACAGCUACAAAAACCACUGGUGAUAGUAGUGUUAGUAAUGAUAUUAACAAAAGUAGUCUAAAAAAUAAUUUCAAUAAUCCAAGAGCAAGUAGUGAAACUAAUAAACCUACGUAUGGCGUGAAUGGAGCGUCUGCCUCCAGUUUGACAGGUGUCAGUAGGUUUGAUACUGCAUUGAAUCGGUUUGAGCGAGCAAUACGCACAGACUACGAUUACAGCGAUAUGCUAGUGGACGAUAGAACUAAUGGUUUCGGUGACCACAAAAAUGGCAUUAUCAGCUCUAUCAUUGGGGAAGAUAAUACCCUCAUGGAAUAUCCAGACGAUAUGACUGAAAUGACAGGAAACGAAUCGGAAUGGUUCUUCACUGGUGCACGGUUGUUUCCUAACGUGAAGGGUUGUGGUUAUCCACCAAUGUUGAAUUGUACAAUUUGGACCAAGAAGUACUGGAAGAUUGGAACGAAUUUUACCUGUUUCUACUCGCGUGUAGACCCUGGGCUGGUAAUUAGUGAUCUGGAUAUGUGGCAAAACACUCUAAACUUGGUGUUUGCAAUGGCCAUUCCUAUUCCAUCCUUCAUAAUAUCCGUAAUUUAUCUUGCAUUUGCUUAUUUUGUAAUUUACAAUGAAGAUGAAGAAGCGGCGUUAUUAGACAAAAAUGGCGAAGAAGAAGGCGGCGAGGAUGAACUAAAUGAAACCGACGAAGGAAAUGACAACAAAAUUAAUGAAAGCGAACUGGAAAUCACGGCCAAUCAUAUUAGUGAAAACAUGGCCGACGAAGGUAACACGGUGAAUUCGACCACAACUACACCGAUUCAGCCGCUGCCAAACGGAACAGCAAACUCGAUCACCAAUAUCAACAAUACAAACACUAAUACAACUGCUACGACCAACACCAACGGUUCAUCGAAGCCCAUCACGCCGAAUUCGACGUCCGAUAUAAAUUCCUUUGGUCAUCAGCUCAAGGUGAAAAUGGCUGACGAGAUGUCACGGGAAAGCAUUGACGGAGGCUUGCUUUCGAAUUCUGCAUCGAUUCAAGGAAACUUGAGCAAGACGAUGACGACCAGUAUCUCAACUCCUCCUGGUCCGAUAGCCGCAGUCUAA